AUGCUGACAAUAAACCAAGGAAAUAAUAGUCAUUUUCAACAACAACAACUACAACCAGAAUCAACAAUGGCAACAAAUACAACACAUUUAAACGGUACAGUUCAAUAUACAGGUGAAAUAAUGCCUACAUUCCAACAACAACAGCAGCAGCAGCAGCAGCAACAACCUCAAUUACAUGUUCUCCCAGAACAACCACAACAUAUUUCAGCACCUGAACCAAUGAUUUUUAAUAAUAAUAGCAAUAAUUUUAAUAAUAAUAGUAGUAUCCAACCUCAACCAAUAAUAAAUAUAGAUCAACAACAACAGCAACAGCAACAACAACAAAAUCAAACUAUUUUACCGAUGGCAAUAUCGAAUUACAGCGAAGUUACUAAUAAUAAUAAUUUUAAUAGUCAAUCAAUUACACCAUUACCAAUUGGAGAUGAAAAACCAAAUAAACAAAUUAUAUUUAUUUUAGAUUCCUCUGCAAUGAUGGCACACUCAUUUCCAACUAUUCAAAAUGAUUAUUUAGAUCCUUUAGCUUUAUAUUUAAAACAUGAAUCAAAGAAUUUUAAUUUUACAUAUGGAUUAGUAUUAUUUAGAGAUUAUCCACCAUAUAGUGAUUUUAUAGCGUCAAGUACACCAUUAACAAAAGAUUUAAAAACUAUUUUAACUUUAAUGGCAACAACAAAAUUUAAUGGUGGUGGUUUUUCGACUGGUGGUGCCAUAUCAGAGGGAAUUUGUAAAGCAUUAAGAUUAGCAAGUUGUUCACAAACUAUAAUUCAUGAAGAAUGUUUUAUUUUAAUUACAAAUAAUAAUCCAAGAAAAACUUCUUGUAAAUUAUGUGGAGUUACUGAUUGUUUUGGUCAUAUUAGUGAUUGUGUAAAGAAAAAUGUGAAGUUUUCAUUAAUUUCACCACAAAAGACUUUAAAAACAUCUUUAUUUGAUAAAUUUAAUAUUGGUGAUGAUAAUAAUGGUACAACAAGUAUACGUUUUGAUGAUUUAGUUUUUGCAGGUCUUAGAGGUUUACCAAAUUUUAAAAAUUCAACAGUUAAUUAUAAUAAUAAUUAUCAUUUCUAUGGUAAUAGUAAUAAUAAUAGUAUUAUUAUUAAUAAUAGUAAUAAUAGCAGCAGCAGCAAUAAUAAUAAUAAUAAUUAUAAUAAUAAUAAUAAUGCAUCAGUAAUGAUAACAAAUAAUGCCACUAUAAGUGGUAAUGUAAAUAAUAGUAAUAAUAUUAACAGUAAUACAAAUAUAAAUAUACAACCAGCAAUCACACAAAUUCAAUCAAAUCCGACAGGAACAACAAUACCAAAUCAAUUACCACAACCACCAUUACCACCUCAUCCAAUUAUAAUACAACCACACUCGGCAAUUUCAAAUAUACAACAACCGCAAAUGCAACAAAUUGGAUCACCUUCUACCCCAUUACAUAAUAAAAUCAAUGGUAUUAAAUAUAGUAAUAUGACAUCACCUGGUAUUGUAAAUUCACCAAUUACAAAUAAUGGUUUAACUUCACCUGGUACUCCUCAUAAUAAUAAAAAUAAUAAUAAUAAUAGCACUAACAACCUUAAUAAUAAUAAUAAUAAUAAUAAUAAUAAUAAUAAUAAUAAUAAUAAUAAUAAUAAUAAUAAUGAUAAUAAUAAUAAUAAUAAUAAUAAUAAUAACAAUAAUAAUGUUAAUAAUAAUAACAUCAACAACAGCAGCAACAACAACAAUGGUAGUGAUGUUGUUAUGGCAUCGGAUCAAUCACCUCCACCAUCUGUAAAUCAACCAACAACUUCAUUAUUACAACAGUAUAUAACUCAAAAUAAUAAUAGUAAUAAUAUUAACAAUAAUAAUAUUAAUAAUAACAAUGGUACAAGUCAUCAUUCAAUUAAUCAACCACCACCACAACCUUUUGUUGAUAAUCCUGUAUUAUCACAACAAACUAACAACAACAAUAAUAAUAAUAACAUGCCAAUGCCAAUGUCACCACAUUCACUAACAACUGUACAAAAAUCAAAUACACCACAAAAUCCAUUUGCGAAUGGAAAUUCAAUCCUUCCAAAUAAACCAUCAACUCCUGACCUUUCAGUCUCUAGAGCUUCUUCAGCACAAUUGAAUAGACAAUUGUCUUCAAAUAACUUUGUAACACCAACAAUAAAUACAAAUAAUAAUAUUUCAACACCAAACAAUGGUGGAACCCCUUCAAUCCAAUCACCUGCUGGACAUGUUAAUAAUCCAAUUAAUAUUAGUGGUAGUGGAAUUCAUAAUACAACAACGCAACAACCACUAACCCCUCAACAACAUUUAAAUCAACAACCACAUACCCCACAACAACAACAACAUCAAAAUCAACAUCAUCAACAACAACAACAGCAAAUUGGACAAAAUUUACAACACCAACAACCAAGUACUCCCCUACAACAUAUUCAACACAUUAAUCCACAUAUGAAUCCGCCAACCCCUCAACAACAAUUAAACCAUAGUGGUUUAAUAGCUCAACAACAACAACAACAACAACAACAACAACAACAACAACAACAACAACAACAACAACAACAACAACAACAACAACAACAACAACAACAACAACAACUAAUAAACCAGCAAAUUGGACAACAAGUUGGAAUGAUACAACAACCACACCAAUUACAAAUUGGACAACAACCACCUACCCCACAACAACAUUUAGCUCAUAUUGGUAUGCAACCAAAUACCCCUCAACAACAACAAAAUCUGGGCACAGGUAUUCAGCAACCACAUACCCCACAACAACAUCAACAUCAACAACCACAUACACCACAACAACUAACAAACCAGCAAAUAGGACAACAACCACAUCAAUUACAAAUUGGACAACAACCACCUACUCCACAACAACAACAACAACAUUUAGCUCAUAUUGGUAUGCAACCAAAUACCCCCCAACAACAACAAAAUUUGGGCACAGGUAUUCAACAACCAAGUACACCACAACAACAACUUCAACAACAACAUUUGAUUACAGGUAUUCAACAACCAAGUACACCACAUCAAAUUCCAAAUCAUAUGCAACAACCAAGUACACCACAAGCACAUCAAAUCCCAAAUCAUAUGCAACAACCAAGUACACCACAAGCACAUCAAAUUCCAAAUCAUAUGCAACAACCAAGUACACCACAAGCACAUCAAAUCCCAAAUCAUAUGCAACAACCACAUACCCCACAACAACCAAAUACACCCCAACAAAAUAUUAAAAUCCAAUCAUCACAACCACAACUACAACAACCACAUACACCACAACAACCAAGUACACCUGGAAGUAGUGGUAAACCACAUACACCUCAACCUCAUCAAAGUAUUGUAAAAAAACAAGAAAAUAAUAAAGUUUGGAGUGGUUAUUUAGCAUGGGGAACAGAUUUAUCGCCAUUUGUCUCUUUAUUUGCAGUGUGUCAAAACAAAAUGGUAAUGGAGGCAUCACCAUGUCAAAAUUGGCCCGAAACAUUACAAAUCACUGGAUUUGUCAAUAGUGAGCUCUUUAAAGAACAUUCGAAAUCAAUGACAUUCCUAAUGUUUCAAUCACAACCAUCCCCAAAUAUACCAGAGAACAAUGAAUUGAAUUCACUCUUAAAGAAACUACAUGAUGAUAAAACUUUGGGUAUCGUUGAGUUACCCUCUGUCUCUAAAACUAUGUUUUUAAUGAAUCAAGAAAAUAAAUUAUUUGGUGGUAUAAUCUCUGAAUUUUCUUUAUCUGCUAAAAAAGAUCCAACUUCAAUCAUCAAUAAUCUUUCAAUUCAAUCUGCAACUGCUACUCCUACAACUUCAACUGUAAAUGUAGUAAAUAAUAAUAAUAUUAAUAAUAAUAAUAAUAAUAAUAAUAAUAAUAAUAAUAAUAGUAGUAAUAAUAAUAAUAAUACCAAUAAUAAUAAUAAUAAUCCUUCUACUUUACCACAACAAACACCACAACCUAAUAGAAGUUCACAAAGUACACCACAUCCAAAUUCACCCCUCCCUGUUCAAUCACCAUUGCAAAAUAAUGGUUUGAAUAAUGUAAAUAUUCAACAACAAUCACAGCAACAACAACAACAACAACAACAACAACAACAACAACAACAACAACAACAACAACAACAACAACAACAACAACAACAACAACAACAACAUCCACAGCAACAACAAGUACAAAGCAAUUUGGGGAGACAACCACAGCAAAAUUUCCAACAUAAUCAACCAAAUGGACCAGUUAUGUUAAAGAUGAGUGCAACUCAAAUGACUAGCACUCAACCAACCCAACAACCAUUGCCAACAAUUACCAGACAGCAAUCAUUUAAUAGUUUAAAUGGUAUCAAUACGAAUCCAAAUAAUAACAAUAACAAUAAUAAUACAAACCAAAAUAUAAUGAGCCCACAACAACCUCAUACACCUCAAGCACAUACUCAACCACCUCAACCCAACAAUAUGGUUAUUAAAGCACAUCCAAAUAAUAAUAAUAAUAAUAAUAAUAAUAAUAAUAAUAAUAAUAAUAAUAAUAAUAAUAAUAAUAAUAAUAAUAAUAAUAAUAAUAAUAAUAAUAAUAAUAAUAAUAAUAAUAAUAAUAAUAGUAAUAAUAGUAAUAGUAAUAGUAAUAGUAAUAGUAAUAGUAAUAGUAAUAGUAAUAGUAAUAGUAAUAGUAAUAGUAAUAGUAAUAGUAAUAGUAAUAGUAAUAGUAUGCAAAAUAAAAU